AUGGAACACGAAUGCGACGAUGUAUUUGCUGAACUCUACUCCAACUGGCGCCAAGGUUUUCCUUCAAAGCCCACUAGACACUCCGAUAUCUGGAGUGUCACCGAGUCGGCGCUUGCCUCUGAAGGACCUAUGUCCGGAGAGGAUGACUGCCCUUUUGAAUACACGAACGACCAGUCGUGUGCAGAGGGGCUCCAUGAAGCAUUAGAAGAGGAUCUUCAGGAUGAAGCGGAAGGGGAGCACUGGAUCCAAGGAACGCAGAAUCUGGCUCGCUAUGGGAACGAGACGGCCCAGGAUAAACGUCCCCAGGUUCCCGAGGAGAUCCGUCGGGUGUUCACCUAUCUGGAUAGUCAGGUGGAGGGCAUCAAGGGUCAGCUUGGGAAACAAGGAGUGUGGAAUAAAAGUAUACAACAGAGUGUGGAGACUAUAGCAGCGGGAUAUGACGAGUUUAAAGCCUUGAAAGAGACCUUGGAAGCGUUGCAAGAAGAUAUUGAUAAACUACGCCUGGCGCAGGAGGGUACGACAGAGCGAAGAACGGGGCGCAACAAACGAAUCGCGCAGUGA